AUGGGGAAGAGGCCCCCAGAUGUGUUUGAGUCCCUCUUCGCCCCCGACAACCCCUUCCGGCGGAAGCCGGAGCCCCAGGCGCCACCUCCCAAGCAGGAGGAUCAGCACCAGAUUAGGGUCGCAAGUCCUUCUUCCAAAGGUGCCGAUGAAGGGGUCGACGGGGCUGGGGCUGGAGGCCCCGUCGAUGGAACUGGCCUCUCCGGCGAAGAAGGACCAGGCGCUGUCAGCUCGAGGAAGCGGAAGAAAGCCGUCGUUUCUGUGGUUUCUGCGGAGGACGACCGUGAGGACGACAAGAGGCAGAGGAAGGACGGGGGUAGACCCGCCGAGAAAAGAAAGAAGAGGAAGAGAGAUGAGCUUGAGGCUGAGUAUGAGAGGAGGAAGCUGGGGUACGUGGUGAACGGGAGCAAGGCUUCAAAAGAGGGCAGUGAAGGAGAAAAGGACUCUGUGGGUGUUGCUGUCGGGCGCAAGAGGAAAGGGAUGGACGAAGGGAAGGAUAUGAAGUUGGAGGAGUCCUUCGACGAUGAGAGCAAGCUUUUGAGGACGGUCUUCGUGGGUAAUCUGCCGCUGAAGACCAAGAGGAAGGCCCUUUUGAAGGAAUUCAGUGGGUUUGGUGAAGUUGAGUCCAUUAGGUUGCGCUCAGUUCCCCUCUUGGAUGUAAGUUCCUGUGUCGAUUGAGUGGGGGUUUUCUUUGUUUAUUAUUUUCUAUUUGGUUUUGUGCAUCCGAUUUAAAAUGGUGAAUGCUUUGCAAUCUUGUUCCGUGUGUUUCCGUUUAUCAGACUAAGACUCCGAGGAAGGGCGCAAUCAUCAAGGGGCAAGUUAAUGAGGCUGUGGACAGGUAUCGAAACUUCUUUAAAGUUGAAUUUCAAGGUUCUGUUGUACGCGUUUUUCACUGCCAGAUAGUUUUGCAUCUCUCUUUCAUGAUUGACUUUGUAUAAUUCCUUUUAUUUCCUGCAUUUCUUAGUGGAGUAUUGUGCUCUGGAUUUUUGUGUGAGUCUGCAUUAAUCUUGUUUGAUUCAGUGAUCGAUAUUUCUUUCUUUCGUUAUUAAUCGUAGAUUGCAGGUGUUAUUAUAAUAUGACUACUCUUGGGAAAUCCCUACCCAAUGCACAGAUCAAUCGUUUCUUCUGUAUAGUUGGAUAUUGUUUUCUGUGGGACUGUAGAGUUGUUUCUUAUUUCCUCUCUUAAAAAAACAUUGUUUUGUCUAUGCUACUUAUUGUCAGAUAACAGACUUCCAUUUGGGGAAUUUUUUAUCUGACUCCUAGCAUUUAUCUGCAGUGUGAAUGCAUACAUUGUUUUCAAAGAUGAGCAAUCAGCACGGGCUGCAUUGGUACGCAACAUGGGGAAGGUAUGCAUAUGGUAAUCAGUGAUUUCAGAUCUAACAUAUCCAGAAAAGAUGAUCCCAAUUUGAUUUCCAUAUUUUUAAUUCAUCAUUUUGGAUUUCUUGACUAGGAAAGUUUAUUUUCUCAAUUGUGGUAUGAUGCAGUUUGACGGGAAUCACAUUCGUGUUGAUAUGGCAUGCCCACCUCGGAAGAAAAUGAAGACAGAAACUCCUCUGUAUAACAUGAAAAGAAGUGUUUUUGUGGGUAACCUCCCUUUUGAUGUCAAGGUAAUCCUUAAAUUUAAAGAAUUGUAAGCGCUUGCAUGAUUUGAUUUUUUUUGAGAUGUAAUGGAAGUAACCAUUAAGACUUUUGAACUCCUGCUUGUUACAGGAUGAAGAGGUUUACCAGUUGUUCUGUGAGGACAAUCAAUUGGGAUCUAAUGUAGAAGCUAUAAGGGUUAUUAGAGAUCCACAGACAAGUUUGGGAAAGGGUAUUGCCUACGUUUUGCUUAAAACGAGGGUUAGUCUCAUUGAUCGAACUUUUUUCUCUUAAACUUGUCUUCAUUCUCUUCGUAAAAUUUAGUUGUUUCAUUGAGAUUUCUGUUAUGUUGUGACAACUUUAAGGUGUCAGUUUGUCUGCCUGACCUUUAUUAAACAUUUAAGAAUGUUGUAGCAUUAUUUCUUACCAGUGAAUCAAUUUAAACUGUUUGUGAUGGUGGGUAUGGGCUUUCUUGUGUAUAUAAUGCUUCCUUGUCAUGACAUGCGCCUUUUUCUGUGUUGAAUAGGUUGUAACGAUGAAUUAAAUUUAUGAGGUUUUGAGAUUCUAAUAUUUCUGGGUCAUGAAUGUAGGCUUCUUUUAUCCGAUGAUGAAAAUUUCCUCGCUGAAAUUUGUCCAAAAGUUGUUACUCUCCUAUGAGAUAUCUUUUAUCUUUAUUCUGAUAUUAUUUAUCGUUUUUACAUAUUUAUCAUUAUUUAUCUUUUGUCAUAACCGUCAUUUUCUUUGGAGUUAGUGAAGAGUUUUUGAAAAUAUUAGCCCUAUCUUCCAAGAGAACCAUCAGAGGAGCAACAUGGGCUGCCAAGUUUAGUGCACAACGUGAUUCAGAAAGAUAUGAGACGUAGGCACAAUGCUGUUCAAAAACAAGUCUCAUGUUGCACUGGCACACGCUCUAGUUUUGCCAUUUAAUGGAGACGCCCAAACCAACUUUUGGAUUGCGUAUUGUGGUAGAUCCUUACUUUGUAUGGUUCUCUUGGGGACUUUUCACUCAGCAUCGUAUGAAGUAAUAAAUUGAGGUUUUUUUUCCCUCUGAUCAAAGGCUCAGAUAAAUCCUGAUCAAUCAAAUACUUCUCAUUCUUCGAAGUGAGUAGCCUACUUGAUUAUGCAUCGAUAAGCCGCCUACUUAGCUAACCACAAGGUCCCACGAAAUUUUGAGGGGAUUGCUAUGUAUUCUGGUAGUUGAAUCCGCAGUGCGCUCUGGCAAGGCUUUGGAUAUAAGGCCAACGUGUAUUAAUCGGGAGAAAAGAAGUCAAGUUAAUCCGUUGGGCAGCAAUGUAACUAAAAUUUCGACUUCUCGAUUUCGGCAGUGAAUUCCAUUAGGACAAGAUAUUUGACGAAGGUUCACACAUUCUAGGCUGCAGGUCAACAUUCGCAAUGAGAUGAAUUUCUCUCAGUUGGUGUGUUUCAACUUCCCACUAAUUCGCAUUUCAAUGGCGAGGCUGUGUUUAUUCUGGAACUUCUCAAUACGUGGGAAUCUCAGAACCAUCAUCAGUCUUCAAUUUUUCAGUCGAUUUUUUUUAUAAAAAAAUAAAUAAAAUGGUAUGGCGCGCUGACAUAAUCUUGUUGAGAAUGGGAUAUUCAAGCAUGAUGAGAUGUAUUCCUGACCAGUGACAUUUGAGCCAUACAUACUUAUCCUGCAGGAAGCGGCGAAUGCUGUCGUCAGAAGAAAAUACUGGAAGCUCCGUGAUCGGAGCCUCAGGCUUUCCCAUGCCAAGUCAGAAUCCGCCCCCACCAAGGCCACAACUCCUCAGAAGAGGAGCGGCCCCUGGGACAGAAGGGCGGACUUCCCCAGCAAGAGGGCAGAAACCGCCUCAGAGGUGACUCCAUCAAGCAAGAGCAGCAGACCCAGCAAGUCUGGCUCCCUUUCAUACCAGGGCCUCAGGGCCAGCAAGAACGGGGCCGAGAAGAAGGUGGGCAGGAGUAGUGCCAGCGGGCGACAGAACCCCUUCUUCCAGCCAAGAACGCCUGCAUCAGCAGAGCAGAGGGAUCUCAAGAGGAAGAGGCCCGCAGUCGCUGCGAGGAAGGCAAAGACCCUCAGAGAGCUGGGCAAGAAGCGGAAGCAGGAGGGUGCAACGCCUGAGAAUGCCCACCGGAGUAAGAAGCCUCGGCAUCUCAAGUAG